GGGUCUCAGCUGGGGAGGGUCGGGGAAAGGUGCUGGGCACCCUUCAAAUUAGGGGAGGAAUGGGGGAACACCCACCCUCGUACUACCAUGGAAAUAAGGAGGGUGGCGCCCCUGGGAACGGAGCCCCUCGAGGGGAUGAAGGCGUUUGGGAUUCCUGGGGGGAGCCACAGGUCUGAGCUUGAAAAGAUGAAGGCAGGUAAAUGAGCUCAGAGGGGCCUUGGGGUCUGGUCGUGGCCUGACCCCAGAUUGCGGCAAGCGCCUAGGCGAGCCCCUGCCCUUCUCUCGGUCCCCAGUCCUUCGCCCAUCUCCCCGGUCCUCAAGGGGCCAGCCAGGGCGCGAGGCCUCACUUCUCUGGUCCGCCACAGGAUGGGCCUGUUGGCCGCAACCCUGCUGUGGGGCCCGCCGGGGCUGCUUCUGACCUUCGCCCUGCACCCGGCUCUGUGCUCGAGCGCGGCCCCGACCUCGGGGCCCCCGCACCGGGACUACUGCGUUCUGGGCGCCGGGCCCGCGGGCCUGCAGAUGGCCUACUUCCUGCAGCGGGCCGGGAGGGACUACGCGGUGUUCGAGCGCGCCCCGCGGCCCGGCAGCUUCUUCUCGCGCUACCCACGCCACCGCAAGCUCAUCAGCAUCAACAAGCGGCACACGGGCAAGGCCAACGCCGAGUUCAACCUCCGCCACGACUGGAACUCUCUGCUCAGCCACGACCCCCGGCUGCUCUUCAGACACUACUCCAGCGCCUACUUCCCCGAUGCGAGCGACAUGGUGCGCUACCUGGGUGACUUCGCAGACAGGCUGGGGCUCCACGUGCUGUACAACACGACCAUUGCCCACGUCACCCUGAACAAGGAUCGGCAGGCUUGGAAUGGCCAUUACUUCAUCCUGAUCGACCAGAUGGGCCACGCACACCAGUGCAGUGUCCUUCUGGUUGCCACCGGUUUGUCGGUCCCCAACCAGGUCGAUUUCCCGGGCUACGAACACGUAGAGGGUUAUGAGUCUGUGUCCGUGGACCCCAAGGACUUCGAGGGUCAGAACGUGCUGAUUCUGGGGCGGGGUAACUCUGCCUUUGAGACGGCCGAGAACAUCUUGGGUGUCACCAACUUCAUCCACAUGCUGAGCCGCUCCCGCGUCCGGCUGUCCUGGGCCACCCACUACGUUGGAGACCUCAGGGCCAUCAACAAUGGCCUGCUGGACACCUACCAGCUGAAGUCCUUGGAUGGGUUGCUUGAGUCCGACCUGACGGAUCUGGCCAUCGUGAAGGACCAUGAGGGCAAGUUCCACGUCACCCUCAAGUUCUUCCUGGAGGAAGGCAACCAGACCGCAGACACCAUCACCCUCCCCCAGGACGACAAUGACAACUUCGCCAUGCGCGUGGCCUACGACCGGGUCAUCCGCUGCCUGGGCUGGAACUUCGACUUCUCCAUUUUCAACAAGUCCCUCCGACUGUCUUCUGGGGGUGAAUUCAGCAAGAAGUACCCACUGAUCAAAGCUAGCUACGAGUCCAAAGGAAGCCGGGGUCUCUUUGUCCUGGGUACUGCCAGCCACUCGGUGGAUUACCGGAAGUCUGCCGGGGGCUUCAUCCACGGAUUCCGAUACACAGUGCGUGCCGUCCACCGCCUGCUGGAGCACCGCCACCACAGCGUCGCCUGGCCCUCCACCGAGCACCCCGUCUCACAGCUGACAAGCUCCAUCGUCCGGCGCGUCAACGAGGCUUCCGGGCUCUACCAGAUGUUCGGCGUGCUGGCCGAUGUUGCCCUGCUCAAGGAGAAUGCCACAGCCUUCGAGUACCUGGAGGAGUUCCCCGUGCAGAUGCUGGCCCAGCUGGAGAGCAUCACAGGGAGGAGGGCCGGGCGUGGGCUCUUCGUCAUCAACAUGGAGUACGGCAGGGACUUCUCCGGGCCCGACAAGGACGUCUUCUUCUACGACCGGUCCGUGGGGCACACGGGAGACGCGUGGCAGUCAAACUUCCUCCAUCCCGUCAUCUAUUACUACAAGGGCCUCCCCACCGAGCAGGAGGUGAGAUUCCGCCCUGCCAACUGGGCGCUGCCUCGGCCCACAGCCAUCCACCACAUCGUGGAAGACUUCUUGACGGACUGGACCGCCCCGGUGGGGCACAUCUUACCUCUGAGGCGCUUCCUGGAGAACUGUUUGGACACCGAUUUGCGAAGCUUCUAUGCAGAGUCCUGCUUCCUGUUUGCCCUGACACACCAGAAGCUGCCCCCCUUCUGCCAGGAGGGGUACCUGAGAACGCAGGGGCUCAUGGGAGCUGAGAACCUCCGGCGGCGUAGAGUGGAGCGCGGGCUCCCACGGGGCCAUGCCUCCGUGGGCAGGCAUCGUGAGGACGGGGGCCAGGGCCCCAAGGGUGGCCCGCUGGUCCCAGGGCCUCCACUCCAACCCCUCGGCGGCAACAAAGAGGAAUUGUGACAGCCAGGCUUCUUCAACCCAGGCCUGUAGCCGGCGCCCCUGUCCCACCACUCUGGCUGCCAGGCCACUCACAUGGUCCCAGUGACCAAGGCCACGGAGGGAGCAUGCCAAGGCUGAGGGAGGCCAGCCAGCCAUCUCCCCUCCGGUCUGGUCCCUGGGCGCCUGGGAGGCGGGGUCCAGAGAAAAGCCUCCUCUGCCAGGUAGGGGCUGGCUCAGUUCGGUCCCCGUCCGGCGCCCAGUGGUUCCGUUUCCGCCUGGUCUUCUCUUCAGAUGAACCAGGAUGCCGCCUGCGGAUUGUGUGUCCUGGGUGGAACUGCCCCCAUCGUCUUAAGGGUUUGUGGCAGGCACUUUCCAGCGGACGCGCUGGUGGUCCUCGGCCAUCUCGGGCAGGUGGGGUGGCUUCCCCCUUGAUGAAGAUGUCAGCCCAGAGAGGGCAGGUGACUCCCAGGAGUCCCUGUCCGGGGGGCCCUGAGCCUUCUCCAUUCUGCCCCCCUCACCACUCCGCCUCUCCCUGGCCCCGCCUCUGUUCCCAGAAGCCAGGGGCCAGCCCAGCUUAUCAUCCCAGGCCCCACGCUGUCACCAGGCAGACGGGACAGCUCCUGCAAAGCCACCUUAUCUAAACAGUUUCUCCCUGAGCAGCAAGACACCGAGCUGCACCCACCCCAAGACUACACUCCCGACUUAUCUUCAACUUUUGCGUUUUCUUCUCUUUCCUCCUACUCCGGCACCGUGCCCUUGCCCCGCCCCUGCCCUCAGGCUUCCGGAACGACACUGCCUCUGGCCUGCCCGAGCCAUUCUUGUAAAACUGUCACCAUGCUGCCUUGCAGCGACAUUCCAAGAUGAUUCACCUGCUGUGUUUGAGGGGGCUUGGCUCACUCAAGAGGCAUUUCCAGCCGCAUUUGUACAUAAAAUAAUCAUGGUGAUUCUUCAAAACUCAGGACCCUAGAUGAUUGCUUUCUCGCUGGUUCUUACUAGUCCGUGUAUGUACUCAGAAUUCAAGGGACACGGGCUUUCUGGAUCCACGGCCCUCUUCUGGGACCAUCCGCUUCCUCUCUUAGCCUCCACCAGCGGCACUGCCUGUCUGCCGUCGCCUCUCCCUCUGGUCGUGUGCGGUUACAACAGUGACACUCAGCCUGAGCCUGGAGGGGAGGUGCUUUCCUGGGACAAUACCUGACAUUUGUCCGGGGUUGAAACACCUAAGCAUCUCUCUCUAACCCCAGGGGGUUGGGUUCGCCUUCGCUCAUACAAAUUACACGUAAUCCCGAUUUGGGUCCCUUCAGCCCACCCUUUCUUUUCCAAAACGUUUUGUAAAACAAAUCCUUUAAUUAGGACUGUUCCCAUAAUGUCACACACGUCACACCUACCCAGUUAGUUACCGACGGCGGGUAAGCUCCUUGUGCCAGUAGUUCAAGGUGCUUCAGCUGAUGAUUCACUGACGCCUAACUAUGUGACAUCUGCUGCUUUCUGCCAUCAUCGGCCAGAUUGUUAAUUUCAUGAGAAUUUCAGCCAGCCUUGCUUGCGUUUCAUAAGAUAUGGUUUCAUGGGUUAGCUGAUAAGAGAUGCCUUCUCUGGUAUUCUUGUGAAACUGAUCAGUAAUUUGGAAAAGAAUAAAUCUCAUUUCAAACCCCUC